AAUAAAGCCCACUGUAAAGGACCACUGUAACUAUCAGAACACGGACGUGGCAAGAUUCUUUUCUUUUGCUUCUUCUACUUCUUCUUGUUUUUCGCAUACUCCAGAAAUCAAGACGCCUUCACCCAGGCACAUGAAAAAUUUUUACCUCUCUAGCAGCAAUCACACAUCAGUAGUUUCCGCAUCAUGUCUACAGAGCAGCAGCCUAAAAUCAAGCUUUACUGGCUAGAGAAAUCAAGGGCCCAGAGUAUCCUGUGGCUGCUCGAGGAGCUCAAACUCGAAUAUGAGCUUGAACUCAUCCACCGAAAUAAGGAGACCAUGCUGGCUCCUCCCGAGCUCAAGGAAGUUCACCCGCUGGGCAAAUCGCCCGUCAUCACAAUUACUCCCGUCGGUUCUGAUAAGCCGAUUGUGAUCGCAGAGACUGGCUUUAUCGCCCAGUACCUGAGUGAGAAUUUCGGUCGGAACAGCACAUUAGUACCAAAGCGCUGGAAGGAUGGGCAGGAGAACAAGAUUGGUGGUGAGACCGACCAGUGGAUGCGCUGGAUGUACUUCCUGCACUACAACGAAGGCAGUCUGAUGUCGCUGUUUAUGAUGACCCUAGUUGUGAGCAUGAUGAAGGGCCCCAAGGUGCCAUUCUUCAUCCGUCCCGUCACCACUCUCGUUGUCAACCAGGUCUUCAGCUCUUUCCUCAUGCCCAACGUGAAAACCCACAUGGGUUUCUUGGAGGACCAGCUCUCAACCAGCGGCGGCGACUAUCUCUGCGGGACGAAUCUGACGACUGCUGAUAUCGUCGUCAGCUUCGCGCUGAUCACCUAUCGACAGAGGUUUGACUCCAUGGGAGUAUGGAGCGACAGCCCGGAUAAGCUGUUCCCCAAGGUGUGGGCGUACAUCGACAGGAUUGAAUCCUCCCCAGGGUACAAGCGAUCAGCUGAAAAGAUUAAGGAGAUCGAUGACAGCUACGGGGUCAAGUGGUAAACCAUUACAGAUAUUCCAAUGUACUAAUUACACGCUUUACAAUAUUGUUGCUCUGCAAAGCAUCGAAACUACCGUUCCGGGUGUUUCUAGCAUAUCUCCUUUCUUA